AAAAAAUUUUAUUAAUUCAUUUCUUUCUCAAUUUAUUUCUGGGGUAUUUAUUAGUUAUUACAGUGUCUGUUAUGGAGAGAGAUAAGAUAAGACCAGUCAAAUGAACAAAAACAUUGCAUAUGGAAUUUUUUUUUUUUAAUUAUGUGUCCUGAUCUUUAUAUAAGCCUGGGGGCCUCUUAGUUUGUUACAGACCCGCUUUUCUCGACUGCUACUUCUGGCUUCCUCGAAAUAUCAUAAUCUCAGCUCUCUUCCAUCACUUUCUUGAACACUUGCAAUUUUCAAUUCCAAAGCUCUCUCCAUCUCUCUCUCGCUCUUUCAAAUGGCAGCUUUUUCAUACCAACACCACCCUUUUCGUCUUGACUCGGUUUUCUUGCCAAACACUCCCAUUAAGAAUCUGUCUGGUUUUAUGGAGGAAGGGAACAUCAAUACCAAUUGUUUUUCCCAAUUUUACCCUUCUAAACUUCCCCUUCAGACUCCUCUUGAUGUUAGAUUUCAUGACACUAGUCUUCUUGAUCAUAGCUCUAUGCUUGCUCCUAGUGAUAAUGAACCUUCUGUGACCAAGAAACAGGGCACAGACUCCUCUACUGUUGUGGACAAGCUUGAAAGCGGUGAGCAAGUUACCCAGAAUCUGCCUCCUAUGGAAAAGAAGAGGAAGCAUGCAAAUGGUUCAUCUUUGAAUUCUGCUCAAUCAAAGGAUGCUAGAGAUGGAAGAAGCAUGAAACAAAAGAAACGCAAUAGUGAAUUAAAAGAAGAAGAUAAGAGGCCUAAAGCUGAGAAAAAAGUUCCUGAAGGGCCCCCAACAGGCUACAUUCAUGUAAGAGCAAGGAGGGGCCAAGCAACAGACAGCCAUAGUCUUGCAGAGAGGGUCAGAAGAGAAAAAAUCAGUGAGAGGAUGAAGAUUUUGCAGCGUCUUGUUCCCGGCUGUGACAAGGUAACUGGAAAGGCCCUCAUGUUGGAUGAAAUUAUUAAUUAUGUCCAGUCUCUACAGAAUCAAGUGGAGUUCCUCUCCAUGAAGCUUGCUUCUGUCAAUCCUUUGUUCUAUGACUUUGGAAUGGAUCUAGAUGCAUUGAUGGUCAGAUCGGAGGGAUUGAGUCGCUUGGCAUCAUCACUGCCACCUAGGCAACAAUGCACCCAGACCCAGCCCGCUGAUUUUGCCAAUGCAGCUUCCGCCAACAACACCACUGCCACAGCCACCGCCACGGCCACCUUUGCGUAUCCUCUCUUUGAUAGUUCAUCAGCAUCACUUUUAGUUCAAGGGCAAAUGUCUAGUGACUUCAUUCAUCAGGAUAGUGGUAGUCUAUUGUGGGGUGUAGAUGAACAAAGACAAAAGUUUCUUAAUCCAUCUGGGUUCAGCAACAACUUGUGUUCUUUCCAUUAAAUAAUAUCAGAGAGCUGCCCUACAAACAUCUGCAAUGGGGAUCGAUGUCCAAGACAGAGAGAAAUAAAGAUAAGAAACACAAAGACAUGAUGAAAGACAAAACGUACGAAGCUUCUGUAAUCAAGUUCCCAUGGAGACGGCUUCUGCUUCUUGUCAAUCAAAAGUCUGAUUCCAAGUUCUAUAACAGUAAAAAAAGUGGCAUCUAAAAAGGGCAGCAAAAUCAAUGGAUGAAGAUCACAGAGGAUAUAAUACAACCAACCAAAUAAGACCACAGAUCUUUUUCUAGAUCCCUUGUUCCUGUCCAUUUUCAACAACCCAACUCUCCCCCUCCCAUGCACAAAUACCAAGACCCUGCUGUUUGGUAGUUAAUCCUAGCUCUAGGAACUAUUUUACAUGUAAAAAAGCUAGCAUAGUAUAUUUAUGUUCCUGUAAUGGUAUUGGAAAUGAAGCAUUUGUGGUUACCGUUAUUCCGUUAUUACAGUUAUUUUUACUGUUGCUCCUGCCUCUUGAGUUGGAGAGAAGGGGUUUGAGAUGCUGUUACUUUAAUUGACAUGACUGGUUAUGCAACUUUUUUUGGGUA